AUGUUCCGUGUUGUUGGGCUUGGGGGCAUACCAUGUGCCGUUAUUAGCGCCAAUAGACAGCCUUUCGUUCUGUGUCGGACCGCACUUUGCAGGUACCUUUCGACAUGCGCUCAGGCGCUGACGGCAGAUGGCUACUUAAAGUUAUAUUGGCGGUAUUGUCGAUGUGCUUUAGACCAGAUGAGACAUGGAUCCAGUCAAGUGUGCUGCCGUCGUUGCUCUUUGACUCGUCUGAGAUUAGGAAUGCCGGCGUUUCUGCGUUGCGAUCACCGGGCUGUCUAUCAGUGA